AUGGCUCCAUCAAGAGAUGACGACGUUGCGACUGAGCCUUGUCCGCUCCCUUGCAACUCAUCACCGCAUGCAACCUCCAAACUCUCUAAGGAUGGCCAUCUGCUUCAUCGGUCUCUCGUUCACACGCCAGCCAUGGUCGACUCUGCCAAGGGUCUAAACCUAUUCCUGUCUAACGGCCAAACAGUAAUUGAUGCUUGCGGCGGCGCAGCCGUCGCCCUCAUCGGUCACGGCAAUGAAGAAGUUCAAGCCGCCAUGCUCGAGCAAGCAAGCAAAGUUAGUUAUGUCCACACACAAGCCUACACUACACCAGCGGCCGAGGGGCUCGCUCACAUACUUCUCAACGGCAACCCGCAUGGUCUGGAGAAAGCGCUUUUUGUCGGCAGCGGCAGCGAGGCUGUCGAGUCAGCCCUCAAGCUCGCCCGGCAAUAUUUCUACGAAAAGGGCGAGACAAAAAGGGUUCAUUUUGUUUCCAGACAGCAGAGUUAUCACGGAAACACGCUUGGCGCCAUGUCCAUCUCGUCCAACCUCGCGCGCAAAGUGCCAUACGAGGGGUUCGCCUAUCCCCACGUAUCGAGUGUAUCACCACCAUACGCGUAUCGCUACAUGCGAGAGGAAGAGAGCGAGGCCCAAUUCACAGCAAGGCUACUUCGGGAGUUGGAGGAUGAGUUCCUUCGUGUCGGUCCUGAAAAGGUUGUCGCUUUCGUUGCAGAGACCAUAAUGGGCGCCACCUCCGGCUGUGUCACCCCACCAACAGGUUACUUCAAGGGUGUGCGCUCUCUGUGCGACAAGUACGGAAUCCUCCUAAUCCUGGACGAGAUCAUGUGCGGUGUUGGUCGUACGGGGACCUUCUUCGCGUUCGAGCAAGAAGGCAUUGUUCCAGAUAUUGUUACUGUCGCAAAAGGUCUCGGAGGUGGAUACGCAGCCAUCGCAGGCGUCUUGGUCCACAGCAAAGUCGUGGAUGUGCUGAGGAGCGGCACCAACGCUUUCAACAACGGACACACAUACCAAGCGCAUCCCAUCUCAUGCGCGACAGCAUUGGCAGUGCAGAAGAUUGUGCAGCGUGACAAUCUGGUUGACCAAUGUGCCAAGAUGGGUCGAGUGCUAGAAGACCUGUUGCGCUCCGAGCUGAGAAAUUGUCGGAGUGUCGGCAACAUUCGUGGGCGGGGUCUUUUCUGGGCAGUUGAGUUUGUCCAAGAUUGGGCCUCGAAAGAGACCUUUGAUCCUAAAAUGGGAUUCGGUGCCCGGGUCCAGCAGGUUGCCUACCAAGCCGGAGUGGCUCUCUACCCUGGUGGCGGUACCGUGGAUGGAACAAAGGGGGACCAUAUUUUGAUCGCACCUCCUUUCAUUGUGACAGAGCAGCAGCUGCGUCACAUUUGCCAGGUCCUUCGGGCUGCCGUAGAGGCCGUCGAGGGCGAAGCCUUGUGA